AUGUCUGUGGAGAAAGAAAUCAGCGACAGGGAACACCCCGAUCGGCUUGCCGUUCCAAAAAGUGAAAGUCGACUUUACCAGAUCGUGAGCAGCAUCAGCGAGAGAGAUGCCGAGCUGAGAUAUCGUGAAGAGGCCGCCGACAACCAUGUCACCGAUGAGCCUGACAGCCCAGCUUCGACGGGCUCAGAUGACGACGAACAAAUCAUCGUAGCAUGGGAGGAGAACGACCCCGAGAACCCGUACAACUGGUCGACAACGAAGAAGAUGUGUAUCCUUGGCACAACCAUGAUGCUAAUUAUUAACAGUACCAUGGGAAGCGCACUACCCAGUAACGCCAUCCCUUUCAUCGCCGAGGAGUGGCAUGUCGAGAGCCAGCCCCAAAAGGUGCUGCCCAUGUCGGUCUAUCUGAUCGGUCCCAUUUUCUGGGCGCCCUUGAGCGAACAGUACGGCCGCCGGUGGAUCUCCGUGCUGACUUACAUUGUCUUCAUGAUCUGGACCAUGGCUUGCGCACUGGCCCCGAGCUGGACCGGGUUUCUGUUCUUCAGACUCUUCUGUGGUGUCUUUGCCAGCGCUCCCAUCGCGGUCGUGACGGGCUACAUGGCCGACAUCUUCGGCGAUCCCCUUACUCGUGGGCGAGCAGUGGCGGCCUUCAUGGCGCCAUUCCGCCAACAACAACAGACGACGCUCCUCGGUCCACUAUGGGCUCCCAUCAUCUCUGGCUAUGCCUCGCCGACCAUCGGCUGGCGCUGGACCUUCUGGAUCGCCCUCAUCUACGCCGGCGCCGUCAUGGUCCCCACGGCCUUCCUGCCCGAGACCUACGCGCCGGUCCUGCUCCAGCAGCGCGCCGCGCGCAUGCGCCGGCAGCUCGACCCCAAGACGGCCGCCGCCAACGUCGUCGCGCCGCACGAGCUCGAGAGGCCCGACCUCAAGCAGCUCGCCACGCGCGUCCUCACGCGGCCCCUGCGCAUGAUCGCCUUCGAGCUCAUCGUCGGCUGCGUCUGCGCCUACGUCUCGCUCUGCUACGCCAUCUUCUACAUGACCUUCCAGGCCUUCCCGCUCGUCUUCCAGGGCAUAUACGGCCUCUCCCCGGGCGCCUGCGGGCUCGUCUUCCUGGCCAUCGGCGCCGGCGCCUUCGUCUCCAUCCCCAUCUUCUUCGCGUGGGACUGGUACCUCCUCCGCGCCAUCGAGCGCGAGGCCCCCUGGACCCGCAAGGAGGAGUACCGGAGGCUGCCCCUCGCCUGCCUGGGCGGCCCGCUCUUCGUCAUCAGUCUCUUCUGGCUCGGCUGGUCGGCCAGGGCCGACGUCUCCUUUGUCGUACCCAUGCUUGCCGGUGUACCGUUUGGCAUGGGAUUCAUGCGUAUGUUGUCUCCUCCUCCUCCUCCUUCACUCACAUGCCUAUCACUCACCGUUUCUCCCCCCCCCCCCAACAACGUUUUGCACGCAAGGCCAGUGCAUACUGAAAGCCCUCUGCCAGUCAUCUUCAUGGCCCUCCUCAACUACCUCACCGACGCUUACGAAAUCUUUGCCGCCUCGGCCAACGGCGCCGCCUCGGGCUGCCGCGCCCUGCUCGCCACCGUGCUGCCCCUCGCCUCCGAGCCCAUGUUCACACGCCUCGGCAUCGCCGGGGGCUGCAGCCUGCUCGGCGGCCUCAGCCUGCUCAUGUGCCUCAUCCCCUUCGCCUUCAUCUGGAAGGGCGAGCGGAUACGCGCCGGCUCGCGCUUCUGCAUCGCCCUGCGCGAGCGCAAGGAGGAGAUGGCGCGCAAGGUCGAGGAGCAACGGCGGAGGCGAGAGCUACGCGAGAGGAGGCGCUCUGACAUGGAACAGUCAGGACUGAUAAUCUCAAAGGAUGAGACUGUGUAA